CUGACAACACCACACAUGAGGGCUGUGGGUGCUGAAAAGGCACCAACACUUGUGUGGGGUAUUGAAGUGUAGGAAGGACCUCUGGUCUCAGAGUAACCUCAGAAAUGGCUCUUGUGGAGAUUAUGCGGCUUUGGAAUGAAGGGGUGGCUGCUGCAGACAAGGAAGACUGGAGUGGAGCCCUGAAAUGCUUCACCACCAUCACAGAGCCUAGAGCUAAGAUCUCUUUCAACAUCGGCUGCUGUCACCUUGUGAUGGGAAAUUUACAGGAUGCAGAAAAGGCCUUCACAAGCACAGUUGAAAAAGACAAACAUUUGGCUGUGGGGUUUUUCCAGCGUGGUUCCGUCUUCUUCAAGGAGGGCAAGUAUAAGGAAGCACUUCAGGACUGGCUUCGCUGCUUCACUGAAUUAAGAGGAAAUCAGCUGAUUGAUUACAAGAUCCUGGGCCUUACAUUUAAACUCUACAGCUGUGAGAUCCUAUAUAAUGUUGCACUAGGACAUACGAAAGUGGGGAACUGGGCAAAAGCAGAAGAGAAUCUCAUUCUGGCCCUCAGUCAGAAGGUAGAACCAAGGCAUGGCACCAAGAUAGAGAAAGCAAUGCAAGAAAACCUGAAACAAAAAGAUUUUCCACUGAUAGUAAUGCCAAAAGGUCGCCUAUUUUAUCCAAAUGAAAGGCUUGUGGAGCAGCUGGAGAAGAAGGACUAUUUGGGUAAAGCUACGGUUGUGGCCUCUGUAGUUGACAAGGACAGUUUCUCUGGUUUUGCACCCCUGCAGCCUCAGAGUGACAACCCACCAUCUCGUUCAAAGACCCCUGAAGUACUUAGGACACUGCAGGGACAACCUCAUCGCGUCCUUUUUGAAUUUACUCCAGAGACCAUAGAAGAGAUGGAAGUCUUGCCAGGGAAUAUUGUCUUUGUACUCAAAAAAGGGGAUGACAACUGGGCUACAGUGUUGUUUAAUGGAAAGAAAGGGAUAGUCCCAUGCAACUACCUGGAGCCAGUUGAAUUGAAAUUUCAGUCUCAAAUUCAGGCAGCAGAACCAAAACCAGAUGAAGUGUCACCCAAUGGUGGUACAACUAAGCCUGAAAUUCCAGCACCACCUACUACUUCUGCGCCUAAUCUACCUUGGAGUCAGCAAGAUAAGCAAGCAACAUCCAACAGCAAAGAGAAGUCAUCCUCAUCUGAAAAAGCAGUAACACCACCAUCAUACCUUGUAAAAGUGUAUUACAAGUACACAGUAGCCAUACAGGUAUCUCGCAAGCUUUCCUAUGGAGAUCUGUUGAUUCUCAUCAGCAGUAAACUCAAGACGACUCCCUGCGCCAUCAAGCUCAGUUUCAGAGAUGGAGAAACAGAUGUACCGCUGACUACAGAUAAUGUGGAAAGAGCAUGGGAGCUAAGCACAGACAAUUGCCUGAAACUCAAGUGCACAGAUGUACAUGCAGAAGAACCUCUGGUAAGAAUGGAAAAUGCAGAAAAUCCUGUUCGGUCAGAAGAGAAAGCAGACAUGAGUGUAACAGCCCUCUUCGAUUAUGAAGCCUCCCAACCUGAAGAUCUGCCAUUUAAAAAAGGAGAUGUAAUAAAAGUCAUGAAUAAAGUGUCUGAGGAGUGGUGGGAAGGAGAAUGUCACGAUAAGUUUGGAAUUUUCCCAUCAGCCUUUGUAAACAGAAAGUCCAGUAUGUGAAUUCCUGCAGCCGCUAGUGCGCACUGGAACACCUGCCGUGUUCCAGACAUCCAAAGUAUCCAUAUUCAGAAUAACAUUGUUGCAUUUUGAAGGUCUGGACAGAAUUCGCAUA